CCGGCUUCCACCUCAGCCGGCCCUCCGUCCUACAAGUAGCACGGCUCGUGCGCCCAUUGUUACGAGCUUCUUUGUCGUCAAACAUUCUCCUCCAGUGUCCCACCCGCCCGCCCAUACUCUUCAAAUUUCCACUGCCAGCUAUGUUUGACCGCUUCCGCCCCAACCGUAACGAAACGGUUACGCGGCAUCCUACAAAUGAUACAGAGCCCUCCUCGGCAGUAACACCUCGGGCAAGCACCAAUGAUCCCAAUGCUCUCCGUGAGAAACGAUCAUCCCACCGUGAUCUGGAAGCACAGGCUUCAGACGGCUGGGCCGACCCUUAUGGACCGGCUCCUGGGUUCAAGGGCUGGUUUAAGCUCUACUGGCACGACCUUCUUGCGUUUAUCUUCCUCGGUGCCAUUGCUCUCUGGCUCCUAAUGUGGUCUCCGGUUCCAUACAAGAAAUACUUCGCGAUUUCCUCUGAUCCCACAUCGGCGAGCAGUCCCGUCGUCAACGUGGACUAUGCCCACCCCAAGCGGCGCCAGUACGUUCCCAUCAUCGCCGAUGCCAUGAUCGCUGUUUUCACUCCCAUCCUCACGAUCGUGAUCAUCAACCUGUUCGGCAUCGGCACCUACUACCCCCCAGGAGCGCGUGUCCCCAAGACCCGCCUUCGCGGAAGCUUCUUCCUCCAGCGCGGCUCAUUCUGGAAUGUCAACAACGGCUGUAUGGGAGUCAUCUACUCCGUCAUGACCGGUGCCACGAUCCAAAUCAUCGUCAAGCUCGUUGUCCCGGGAAUGCGACCCCACUUCCUGACCGUCUGCGACCCACAGAUUGGACCCAACACUGUCGGCGAGGGUUACAGAAGAAUGUACUUCACCACUGAAAUCUGCCGCGACCAUGCCGACAAGAAGCGCCAGGACGAGAUCGCGAACGCGCUACAAUCCUUCCCGUCGGGGCACAGUGUCGCCGCCUGGGCGGGCCUAUUCUACCUGUCCCUCUACCUCAACGCGCACCUCAAGAUCUUCUCCAACUACCACCCGAGCUACUGGAAGCUCCUAGUCUUCGUCACGCCCCUCAUCGCCGCAACUCUGAUAGUCGGCUCGCUGACACUGGACAUGUCGCACAACUGGUACGACAUCCUCGCGGGCUCACUGAUCGGCAUCUUCAUGGCCAUCCUCUCCUACCGGAUGUGUUUCGCCAGCGUCUGGGAUUUCCGCUGGAACCACGUUCCGCUGAAGCGCGGUGCGAACCGCGGCCACGAGGAGGUGCUGGGAAUGGGCUACACUGGCGACGAGAUGCGCGACUGGUGCGGCGGGUGUGCCACGCGCCGCGCCGGCUGGGGCGUCGCGGGCGGAAACGUGAUGGGCGCGCCUGGUGACUCGAGCUCCAUGUUUGUGAGCGGGUUCGCUUCGGGAAACCGUGAAGGCUUCGGAAGUGUCGGGAAUGGCCGCCACAACACCCACAAUCACGGCUCGUCACUCAACGGAUCUGCACCCACCACGGCGGGACAGCAUGGACGUCACGGCCACGGUGUUAAUGACAUCACACUGAACGAUGCUGGGCGGACACAUCCCCAUCACGCUGGUUAUGCACCCGGGACGGCACCGAGGUCCGGAGUGAUGCACGGUGAAGCGGCAGUUGUUUGACGUUUGAAGAUUGAAGUUUGAACAGACGGGGUGUUUUUCAUUUGCGGAUAAUCUUUUGAGCGGCACGACGAUACGAUACCUAAUUUUCUAUAAUCUUGGCGAGAGGAGGCGGAAUGACACCACACUGCCUACUAUAUAUCGACAUGGGCCAACUGAGCCUGAGGCGCGUUAUGUUUUCAUGUACCUAUUUUGUCUUUUUGGCCUGUCUACACAUGAAACUGCGGGAGUUGUGACGGGGUCUGGUUGGGUGGGUUAUCUAUUAUUUGUAGUUGCUUUUUCUUUCGUUUAAUAACAUACCACAUUUGAUAUCCAGUAAUUUUUCCCUGGGAAAUAUGACCUUUGUAGGCGAUAUCUGAUGGCGAUAUAGCCUUCAAGAACCGCUAGAAGAUCGUGCUGUGCUGGUAUGAAGAAUGUAGCAAACGGC